AUGACACAAUCGUUCCAGCGCUACAGCGAAAAAUGGGAGGAGGAGCUGCGGCAGCUGGUGAAAAACCUCAAGAACUCCCGAAAACAAACCGCCACGGCCGAAGAAAACUACACUCGCCUCCUCCGGGUCGUCGAAAAAGUCAUCGCUCACUUGACCGAGUAUUACCGAGUCAAAUCAAUUCAAACUCACAAAAACGUUCUCUCAGUGAUGCCGCUCCCGAGCUCCACCAGCAUAGAACGUUCGUUAUAUUGGAUGAACGGCUGGCGUCCCACGGACGCCGGCCGAAUAAUUUACGCCGAGGCGAUUAGGCUCGAAAACAAGAAUGAUAUUCUCCAUAGGUUGUAUACUCGGGCUAAUCUUGGCAACUUGAGUCCUCUUCAGUUCCGGAGCAUCGCCUUUACUCAUUGCGAAGCUGAUCGCACUCAGGAUCGCAUCUCUGCCGAUCUUUUCACCUGGCAGAAAGAUGUGAGCAAGGCGGUGAUAAAUAUGGAAGAGGGAGUAGAUUUCGAUAACAAGAUGCUAGAAAGGCUUGUGGAUUUACAACAAAGCGCGGAUGAAUUGAGGGUGAAGACUAUAGAGGGCAUGGUGGAGGCUCUAACUCCACCACAAGCUGUGGAUUUUUUGCUAAUUGUGACUCAGCUGCACCUCGGUCUCCAUGUAUUUGGCUUGAGCCAUGACCUUCACCUUACUAAUUGA